GAGCCCAUUACGGGGAGACAGAGAUGCAGCUGCUUGUGGCUCCCCACUGGGAGGAACCUAAAAGAACAGGAUGGGCACACGGGCUUUUAAAAGAGCAGCGAGCAUAUGACCGUGCCCUUUGCUGCCAUGCUUUGAAAGGAUGUAGUCCACGUCCCAUGAUGGGACGUGACUCAGGAUCCCCUCCCACACCCAGUCAUGCCUCCGAGCUGCCAUUCAUAGGCAGGGGGAGAUCUCCCGGGUUCUAGUGAAUCUGCAGCAUUCCUUCCUCGGCCGCCAUCCCUCUCUUUCUACCACCUGACACUUUAAAGCCCCGACCUGUUAAACUUGAUCCUGUUUGCCAAUGACAACACUGUAAUUGUUAUCAGUCUCUUACUCCUAAGGGAGCAAGUGCUGGAUCCUUAGCUGAAAGAAGGUAUUGCUGGGAGGGGAGUAGGGAUGCCAGGGUCUGACGGAAAGAGAAGCAAGCUUAGAAAGAGGAGAUGGGAGGCUGCUGGUUUAGCAUCUUCUAGAGGGCAGGGACCAUGUCUCCCAGGUUAGCAUCUCUCAGUGCAGCAACUCGUUCAUGAAAGGUGAUCUGUACACAUGUGUCCCAAGUCAUACUUUGUAAUUGACGUUCCUUUCUGUGGUCUCCUUCGGAGACAAGAAGUUUCCUGCACACUCCCUGGUGACCCUUGCAUUUCACUGCCCCGUUUCCUUCGAGAGAACUAGAGACUCUGGAGGGAACCCUGGCUGGGGAGGGGGGUGGUCACUUAAAAGGGGUGUCACAUAAGAAAUCAGACUUGGAACAAAAGGAAGAGAGAGGUGUAGUGGCCUGCAAAGCAGAGGAAAGGUUCAGGAGCUAGGGCUACCUUGUGAGUUCCCAAGAUCCAGCCUUGGGGUGCCAGGUGCCCUGAUGGGAUGUUUGGGUUCACCCUGCAUUUCCGUGGCCAAGGUGUGCAAAUCUCCUGCAUGGGGCUGGAGCGGCAAACCCACUCUGACAGUUCUUUGCCUCCCCAUGGUUAGUUCUGUCAGAGGUGGGAAGAAGGUGCUGGCUGCAUCCCUUGGACACCCAGGAGUCCUGUUUCUCUCACCCUCCUAGCUUUUUUGUUUUGUUUUUCGAGACAGGGUUUCUCUGUAGUUUUAGAGCCUGACCUGGAACUAGCUCUUGUAGACCAGACUGGCCUUGAACAGAGAUCCGCCUGCCUCUGCCUCCCGAGUGUUGGGAUUAAAGGCGCGCGCCACCACAUCCUGCUCUGGCUCUUGGUCUUGAUCCAGAAUGAAUCUCUGUAGCAGACAGACGUGGGCCCUUAGGUUAGAUGUUUAAAAGAUCCUACACACCAGCGACGAGAUGUGAAAUAGCAGAUGUAGGUUGAACCCAAGCAAGUUGGCCUUGACCGCCCUGCUUAGGGGGCAGUCCUAAGUGAGCUUGCAGAGGGGAAGGUGACAAUGGCAUCCACGCUCUGGAGGAGUGGAUCUGCCAGGCAAAGGCAGAGGGCCAGAGGCUGGCUCUGCAGCAAAGCCGAGCAUUCUCAGCCAUCGUAUUUGUUCUGAUGAGGGAUAGAUGCCAGAUUCAGUUCGGCUGUAGUGUGCACUGGGCCAGGGCAGUGCUAAGAACUGCCUUUGCUUCAUCUGACAGAGGCGCUGUCGCCCACAGGAUAAAAUUUGCUGAUGGUGGUGACUAGCUGGAUCUCUUGUUCUGAAAGUUCAGAAAGGCUGAGUGACCUCUCAAAGGCAGCACAGCUGGGGCCGGAGAGACGGCUCAGUAGCUGCAGAAGACUGUAGUUUUAUUCCUAGCACACACACCUGGCAGCUCACAACGACCUGGAACUAUAGCUCCGGGGUCUCUGACUCCACCGGCAGCCCCACACACGUACAGACCCCUACACAAACACAGACAGCCUCACGUAAGUUCGUAAUAAAGCUUUUCGGUUUGUUUUAAAGCUCACACCGCUGUGAGUGGCGCUCCUGAUUUGAGCUCAGCUCUGUCCAGCUCAGCUCAGGGCUCUUGAACACUAACGUUCCAGCGUCUUUGCUAGAGCGGAACCCAGGUAACUGGGUUUGGGGACUGCGACCUUUCUAGCUAUUUAUAAAUAAGGGUGACAAGCCUUGUCAUGGCUUCUGUUUCUCCAAGGUGCCCUGGGGAUGCUCAGCUAACCUGUCUCUUUCUCUGUGUCUGUCUGUCUGUGUCUCCCCGUGGUGGGAGGUUCUCUCUUCUCUGUCCUCUGGCUGUGUGUUCUCUGGUCCUUACCUCCUGUCUGUCUAUCUACCUUUCUCUGUGCCUGCCCUGGUUUCUCUACAGGACCCUCCAGUGGACAUGGGUGGGGCCCUAGGGCCGGCCCUGCUGCUCACUUCACUCCUUGGUGCCUGGGCAGGGCCGGGCCCAGGACAGAGAGAGCAGGCAGUGACGGUGGCAGUGGUGUUUGGCAGCUCCGGGCCACUGCAGGCCCAGGUCCCUACUCUUCUCACCCCCCAGAACUUCCUGGACCUGCCUCUGGCGAUCCAGCCACUCACAGUUGGCGUCAACAACACCAACCCCAGCAGCAUCCUCACCCAGAUCUGCGGGCUUCUGGGUGCUGCCCGUGUCCACGGCAUCGUCUUUGAGGACAACGUGGACACCGAGGCAGUGGCCCAGCUACUGGACUUCGUCUCCUCCCAGACCCACGUGCCCAUCCUCAGCAUCAGUGGAGGCUCUGCUGUGGUCCUCAGCCCCAAGGAGCCUGGCUCCGCCUUCCUGCAGCUGGGCGUGUCCCUGGAGCAGCAGCUGCAGGUGCUGUUCAAGGUGCUGGAGGAAUACGACUGGAGUGCAUUCGCGGUCAUCACCAGCCUGCACCCGGGCCACGCGCUCUUCCUCGAGGGCGUGCGCGCCGUUGCCGACGCCAGCUACUUGAGCUGGCGGCUGCUGGACGUGCUCACCCUGGAGCUGGGCCCGGGUGGGCCCCGAGCGCGCACUCAGCGCCUGCUGCGCCAGGUCGACGCUCCCGUGCUGGUGGCCUACUGCUCCCGCGAGGAGGCCGAGGUGCUUUUCGCUGAGGCUGCACAGGCUGGCCUGGUGGGGCCCGGCCACGUGUGGCUGGUGCCAAACCUGGCGCUGGGGAGCACCGACGCGCCCCCGGCAGCCUUUCCGGUGGGCCUCAUCAGUGUGGUCACCGAGAGCUGGCGCCUGAGCCUGCGCCAGAAGGUCCGCGACGGUGUGGCCAUCCUGGCCCUCGGUGCCCACAGCUACCGACGCCAGUACGGCACCCUGCCUGCUCCGGCUGGGGACUGCCGAAGCCACCCCGGACCUGUCAGCCCUGCUAGGCAGGCCUUCUACAGGCACCUACUGAAUGUCACCUGGGAGGGCCGAGACUUCUCCUUCAGCCCUGGUGGGUACCUGGUCCAGCCCACCAUGGUUGUGAUCGCCCUCAACCGGCACCGCCUCUGGGAGAUGGUGGGGCGCUGGGAUCACGGAGUCCUGUACAUGAAGUACCCAGUAUGGCCUCGCUACAGCACAUCUCUGCAGCCCGUGGUGGACAGCCGGCACCUGACGGUGGCCACCCUGGAAGAACGUCCCUUUGUCAUUGUGGAGAGCCUUGACCCUGGCACGGGUGGCUGUGUACCCAAUACUGUGCCCUGCCGUAGACAGAGCAACCACACCUUCAGCAGCGGGGAUAUAACCCCCUACACCAAGCUCUGUUGCAAGGGCUUCUGCAUCGACAUCCUCAAAAAGCUGGCCAAGGUAGUCAAGUUCUCCUAUGACCUGUACCUGGUGACCAAUGGCAAGCAUGGCAAGAGGGUGCGCGGCGUGUGGAAUGGCAUGAUCGGGGAGGUAUACUACAAGCGGGCAGACAUGGCCAUCGGCUCGCUCACCAUCAACGAGGAGCGCUCUGAGAUUAUCGAUUUCUCUGUGCCUUUCGUGGAGACGGGCAUCAGCGUGAUGGUGGCUAGAAGCAAUGGCACUGUCUCCCCUUCGGCUUUCCUGGAGCCCUACAGCCCUGCCGUGUGGGUGAUGAUGUUUGUAAUGUGUCUCACGGUGGUCGCCAUCACCGUCUUCAUGUUCGAGUACUUCAGCCCGGUCAGCUACAACCAGAACCUCACCAAGGGCAAGAAAUCUGGAGGACCAUCCUUCACCAUCGGCAAGUCCGUGUGGUUGCUGUGGGCACUGGUUUUCAACAACUCUGUUCCCAUCGAGAACCCCCGGGGUACCACCAGCAAGAUCAUGGUCCUGGUGUGGGCUUUCUUUGCCGUCAUCUUCCUCGCCAGCUACACGGCCAAUCUGGCAGCCUUCAUGAUCCAGGAGCAAUACAUCGACACUGUGUCGGGCCUGAGCGACAAGAAGUUUCAGCGGCCUCAAGAUCAAUACCCGCCCUUCCGUUUUGGCACGGUGCCCAACGGCAGCACGGAGAGGAACAUUCGGAGCAACUACCGUGACAUGCACACCCACAUGGUCAAGUUCAACCAGCGCUCGGUGGAGGACGCUCUCACAAGCCUGAAGAUGGGGAAGCUGGACGCCUUCAUCUACGAUGCUGCUGUCCUCAACUACAUGGCGGGCAAGGAUGAAGGCUGCAAGCUGGUCACCAUUGGAUCUGGCAAGGUCUUUGCCACCACUGGCUAUGGCAUUGCCAUGCAGAAAGACUCCCACUGGAAGCGGUCCAUAGACCUGGCGCUCCUGCAGUUCCUGGGGGACGGAGAGACGCAGAAGCUGGAGACCGUGUGGCUCUCGGGGAUCUGCCAGAACGAGAAGAAUGAGGUGAUGAGCAGCAAGCUGGACAUCGACAACAUGGCGGGCGUCUUCUACAUGCUGUUAGUGGCCAUGGGGCUGGCCCUGCUGGUCUUUGCCUGGGAGCAUCUUGUCUACUGGAAACUUCGCCACUCAGUGCCCAGCUCGCCCCAGCUGGACUUUUUGCUGGCUUUCAGCAGGGGCAUCUACAGCUGCUUCAACGGGGUACAGAACCUCCCCAGCCCUGCACGGCCACCCAGCCCGGACCUCACAGCAGGCUCGGCCCAGGCCAGUGUGUUGAAGAUGUUGCAGGCGGCUCGAGACAUGGUGAACACCGCGGAUAUGAGCAGCUCCCUGGACCGCGCCACACGCACCAUAGAAAACUGGGGUAGCAACCGUCGAGCACCUGCUCCCAGCAGCUCAGGCCCGCGGUCAUCCACCCCGGGUCCUCCGGGACAACGGAGUCCCAGUGGCUGGGGGCCUCCCGGUGGGGGCCACACACCGCUAGUGCGAAGGGCCCCGCAGCCUCCCGGCUGCCCCGCGACGUGCGGGCCGCCUCUGCCUGAAGUGUCCCGAGCACCCUGCAGGCAUGCUUGGGAUGCGCGGUGGCCAGUGCGAGUUGGGCACCCUGGGCAGCACCUCUCGGCCUCCGAGCGGCGCGCGCUCCCGGAGCGCCCCCUGUUGCCCGCACACUGCCACUACAGCUCCUUCCCCCGAGCUGAGCGAUCCGGGCGCCCCUACCUCCCGCUCUUCCCGGAGCCCCCGGAACCCGACGACCUGCCCCUGCUCGGUCCGGAACAGCUGGCUCGGCGGGAGGCUCUGCUGCGUGCGGCCUGGGCCCGGGGCCAGCGCCCUCGCCAUGCUUCCCUACCUAGCUCGGUAGCAGAAGCCUUCACUCGGUCCAGCCCGCUGCCUGCCAGAUGCACCGGUCACGCCUGUGCCUGUCCCUGUCCCUGUCCCCAGAGCCAGCCAUCCUGCAGGCAUUUGGUUCAGGCACAGUCGAUGCGGUUGCCGUCCUACCGGGAGACCUGUGUGAAGAGCGUACCGGCAGGGGUGGCCACCUGGCAGCCCAGACAGCACGUCUGCCUGCACACCCAUACCCACCUGCCAUUCUGUUGUGGGGCUGUCUGCCGUCAUCCUCUACCCUGUGCCAGUCACAGUCCCUGGCUGGUUGGCACCUGGGAGCCUCCAUUACACAGAGGCAGGACCCUGGUGCUAGGGACAGGCUACAGGGACAGUGGGGUGCUGGAAGAGGUGAGUAGGGAAGCUUGUGGGACACAAAGUUUUCCGAGGUCCUGCACCUGGAGGCGAAUCUCCAGCCUGGAAUCGGAAGUGUGAGGUGCCCACAGGCCUGAUUCCUGCUGGAUUGGAUUUCGUGGCCGAGUUUGGCCAUGUUUGGUGGGCAGGCAAGUGUGGGCUUCUCUGGCUUUUCCUUUGAAAUCCUGGCCACCAGGACCCCAGUGAAGGCGAUGUCUGCCAUGGCCAGCUUGUGAUCGUAACAGGCUCAGGUCCUGGUGUGGGCUGGGAUCUUGCUCAACACACAACCUUACAGUCACAGGGAGUAAAUGGGUCCCUGUCCUGGUGCCAGCCAGUUCCUAGUUGUGAACUGCUGUGGCUUUGGGCUGGGGACACAGAAAAUGGAACCGGAGAAGGGGGUGGGGCCAUCCCACCCCUUGCUCCAGGAGGCUGGAAUUUCUUCUCAUUGGAGCCAUUAAAGCGAUGUU